AUGUCGUGCGUCCACUACAAGUUUGCCUCCAAGCUGGCGUACGACAGCGUCAUCUUCAGCGGCGUGAACAUCUGCCUGCGGGACCUCAAGCGCCAGAUCAUGGCCCACGAGAAGCUGAAGGGGGCCACCAGCGACUUGCAGAUCAGCAACGCCCAGACCGGAGCAGAAUACACAGAUGACAAUGCCCUGAUUGCUAAGAACUCGUCGGUAAUUGUUAGAAGAAUCCCUGUUGGAGGAGUUAAAGCUGCCGGCAAAACAUCUGCUGCAAGCGGAACUGAGCCGGUGAGUGGAACAUCAAAAGCAAUUGAUGACUCUCCUGCACCUCUUUCUCUGGCCCAGCUUGUGAAGACCGACAAUCUGGCUGAAGCCAAUGCUUCCGAAGAAGACAAAAUAAAAGCUAUGAUGAUACAGUCUUGCCGUGAAUACGAUCCAAUCAAUUACGUGACCAAACCCUGGGAUACACCUCCACCAUCCUAUAUAUGCUUUCGUUGCGGAAAACCUGGCCACUACAUAAAGAACCGCCCAACGAAUGGGGACAAAAAUUUUAAGCCUGUUCCCAGAAUUAAGAAGAGCACGGGAAUUCCAAGCUCUUUCAUGACGGAGGUGAAAGAUCCCAAUACCAAGGGUGCUAUGCUCACAAACAGCGGAACAUAUGCAAUACCAAUUAAUAAUGCGGAAGCUUAUGCUAGAGGAAAGAAGGAGAAGCCUCCCUUCUUACCAGCGGAGCCGUCCUCCUCCUCCUCCUCCUCCUCCUCAGAAGACCCUAUUCCUGAUGAGUUGUUAUGUCUCAUUUGUAAAGAGAUAAUGACUGAUGCAACCGUUAUUCCCUGCUGUGGAAACAGUUAUUGUGACGAAUGCAUUAGAACAGCAUUGCUGGAAUCUGAGGAACACACAUGCCCAACGUGUCAUCAGACAGACGUUUCCCCUGAUGCUUUAAUUGCCAACGAGUUCCUACGCAAGGCUGUGAACAACUUCAGCAAUGGAACUGGCUACACAAAAGGGCUCCACCAGACCAUUCAGCAGCAGCAGCAGCAGCCGCCACCACCUCCACCACCAUAUUUCUACCAUCAAUCUUAUGAUAAGUCUAAGUCUCCCUCUAGUGCUUCAUUUUCCUCCAGGAGUUCGUAUACCCACUCCAAGUCAAGAUCAGGUUCUUCCCGCCCUUGCUCCAACUCUUGAUCAUUUAGUCGUUCCCGUUCUCGUUCCUUCUCGCGAUCACCACCCUAUCCAAGAAGAGGCAAAGAGAAGAGUCGUAACUAUCGCUCUAGGUCAAGGUCACACGGUGAUCACCAUUCAAAGUCACGGUCACCCCCAUACAGAAGACACCAUCCACCGUCAAGGUCUCCAGCGUUUAGAGGCCGGUCUCCCACUAAAUGGACUAUACCUCAAGGGGAUGGAGAAAAGCAGUACUUUAACAGAUACAGAGAAGUUCCCCCGUAUAAUAUGAAAGCUUACCAUGGCAGAUCUGUUGACCUCAGAGAUCCAUUUGAAAAGGAGAGACCCAGAGAAUGGGAAAGGAACUAUAGAGAAUGGUACGAAAAGUUUUACAAGGGCUUUGCUGUUGGCGCUCAACCUCGACCACCAGUAAAUAGAGAGAACACUUCUCCAGAUAGGUUUGGUCCACCUGGGACUGGACGAGAGAAUUUGCCAUACGCUCGGGGACGCAGGGAAGACUAUCCUGGUGGGCAAAGCCACAGAAGUCGUAAUAGAGAUGGAAAUGACCCUGAAAAACCUUCUGGAAGAGAGCGCCACGGCAUGAAAGAUCCACCAAAACCAAAUGAGAAGGACAUGGAAUAUCCACUGGAAGAUGGCAAAGGAAAUGAAUGUAAAAAACACCGGAAGAGAAGAAAAGGGGAUGAGAAUAAAGGAUUUCCCAAUGCUGAGUUUUUAGAAGGUGCAAGAAAACACAGAGAGCCAGUAACAGCAGAAGACAUUAAAACAGACUCUCUGUUCACGCUCCCAAGCAGAGAUGAUGCCACCCCUGUCCGAGAUGAGCCUAUGGAAGCAGAUUCUAUUGCUUUCCAAUUGGUGUCUGAAAAGGAGAAAGAAGAGAAGGACAAGGCGAAGAUGAAAGUAGAAGUGGCGGUGCCUCCCAAGAAAGACAAAAAAGCUAAAGGUUCCCAAGGGAAGGUGGACACCGAUCGUGAAGAAUCUCUCAGUAUUUCACAGGAACCUCCUGUGAAAAAAGUGAAGGAGGAGUUGCCAAAGAACGAGAAGGCUCUUGUUACCCCAUGGAAAGUUCACCCAAAAGUGACAAAAGAUCACCCAGAAACCAGGCCAGCCAAGGAGGAAAAGGCCAAGAAAGACCAUCCAAAAGAAACCAAGUCGGACAAGCCCUCCAGCAAAGAGCAUAUCAAAAAACCUGCUGAAAAAAGCAAACCUUCUGAUGCAAAACCCGAAAAAAGAAAAAGAAAAGUAGAUAAAAUUUUUGAUAAGGAACAUUACUGUGUUUUGUCAUUAAGACCACGGAGCUGUAUAAUAAUGACGUAA